AUGUCGGCGUCUCUAGACUCUGCUUUGGAUCCCAUGGAGGAAAUAAGAUUCCGAAAGAAGCAUGGUUCUAUGUGGAUAGAAAUACAGAAAGAAACUCAUUUUACAUUCGAUGAAUUAGAACAGAUUAUGGUGAUAUUUUUUAAAAUACAGAAACGUGAUGAAAAACCCGUUGCGUCAGACUUAAUAUCAAGAGCACAUUUCCGUGAUGUUCUGCAUACUGGUCUUGGAAUGACUGAUGCAUAUAUGAUGGAACGCGUUAUGGUGGCUUUAGAUCGAGGAACAUCUCCUUACGUCACUAUGGCAACCUUCGCAAAGGCAUUAUCACUUUACUUACGUGGGGACUUGGAAGAAAGAAUUUCAUAUGCUUUUACAUGCUAUGAUUUGUUAGGGGAAGGUCAUUUAAGAAGGGAAACCAUGUACCAGCUGAUGAAGAAGAGCAUAGCGAAGGCUUCACGAGAUGACGAUGUCGAGGAAGCUGUAAAAGAGCUGGUUGACAUUAUGUUGAAACGGAUGGAUGUAGAUUUGGACGGCGUUAUAAGUUUUGAUGACUUUCAUAAGUCGGUCGUAAAUACCCCCUCCUUACUGGAAAGCCUUGGAUACUGCCUCCCAGAGCGACCAGCGGUCUAUUCAUUUCUAGCAACGUGGUGCCCUACGUGGGACAAAAUGUAG